AGAAUCGUGUAAUUUGCCUCGUGCGUUGUCGCUGGGCGCUGCUCGCUGAUUAUUUUCAAUUUAUUGCUGCACAACUGAAACAAACUGAAAAAUCUCGAAUUAUGCGUUUUUAAUUGCGAAACAAGUUGAGAAAUUCUCUUUCGAGUGUGUGUGCCUGUGCCUUGCCCCUGUGUGCGAGUCGGUGGGCCGCUAUAGUCGCUACAGUUCAGAAUUUAGUGAGCAAGCGCCGAACCAAGUGAAAGUGAUCAAUAAACGAAACAAUAACAACCAACAAAACAAAACAAAACAAAAAAAACAAGCCAAAAUACAAAUAGAAGUGAAAUCCUUAAGGAAACAGUUUACCGUUAAUUAGCAAAAAUGUCGGACAAUGAGGAUAUUAUGAGUGCCACCGAAGAGCAGGCGGAAGCCAGUCCCGCAUCGGUGCCAGAUGCCGAUGCGGAGAGCAAAAGCAGCGUUGUCACGGAGCGCACCGAGGAGGUGAUACCCGGGGAGAGCGAGAAAAUGGUCACCGAGACCAUCGAUGAGGAUGGUGACGUUGUCGAGGAGACAACCGAAGUUACCCGUAAAACGGUUAAGCGUACCAUGAAAAUAACUGAGACUUCUUCCACCACAAAGACAACAACGCUUACCACGCCUGCCAAGCUGUAUGGCAAGGAUCUGAGCGAGUACGAUGAUGUGGAUGUGGAGAGCCUUUUGGCGCAAUUGUCGCCCGAGGAGAUAACCAUACUGGCCAAAGAAGUGGAUCCUGAUGACAACUUCUUGCCGCCAGAUCAGCGCUGCAGCUACGAGUGCACCAAGGAUGCCACUGGGCCGCUGAAUCGCAAACAGCUCAUCGAGCAUAUUAAUAAGCAGGCAAUUGAGACGCCAGACGAGCCGGAGUUCGAGCCCUAUGUGCAGGGCAUGGUGCGCGGCAAGAAGUGGGUGCCACCGCCGCGAGAUGCUCGUGAUAUUGAGGUGGAGGAACAGAUCGCCAUUGAUAUGGGCGAGGAGUAUGAGCAUGCUCUCAGUGAUGCUACGCAGGAGGAGAUCAUCGAUUUGGCCGCCAUUCUUGGCUUCCACUCGAUGAUGAAUCAGGAUCAGUACCAUGCCUCGCUGCUUAACACGGGCCAGCCCGUUGGCUUGGGCUGGGAUGGUAUCACAAAGUCCACACAGCAGAAGCUGUACCCCAACGAUCCGCCCAACAGCACAGACGUGGAGGAGUCGAUUAAGCGCGUCAAGGAUGAUGAUUCCAAGCUGAUUGACCUGAACUUGAAUAACAUUAAGAAUAUAUCGGAUGAGAAGCUCGAACAACUUAUUGCCGCACUGCCUCAGAACGAACAUUUGGAAGUUCUAUCGCUGACAAACGUCGGCCUGACCGAUAAGACAGCUCUCCUGCUCGCCGAAGCGAUCGAGAAAAGCAAAACCCUGAGAGUAUUAAAUGUUGAAACCAACUUUAUCAGUCCGCCCGUAAUUGUCAGGUUGGUGCAAGCCCUGCUCAAGUGUCACACCAUCGAGGAAUUCAGGGCCUCCAAUCAGCGAUCUACGGUGCUUGGCAACAAGAUUGAAAUGGAGAUCACCAAUUUGGUGGAGAAGAACCCAUCGCUUCUGCGACUUGGCUUGCAUCUGGAGUUCAACGAUGCGCGUCAUCGCGUGGCCGCCCAUCUGCAGCGCAACAUCGACAGAAUCUUCCGCGUGCAAAAGAUAAAACCCAAUUUGCCAAAAUUGAUAUUGCCCAGCAACAUGGAGAUUGAACGGCAGCUGGGCCGCUCGGCCACGCCCACGCCGUCACCAUCGCCUUCACCGUCGCCCCAGCCGCCGGCCGACUAUGAUGUGGAGGUUGAUCCCGACAACAUGGUCAUUCGCGGCGGCAGCGGUGGCGUUGCCUACGAUCCAGAGUUCGAUCCCGAUAAUAUGGUGGUGCCCGGCAGUCGCGCCGUAACGCCCAACUACGAUGACGAGGGCGUCUAUCAAGCGCACACUAAGAAAAGAUCUUGAAUUACGCCUGCAGUUCAGAUUUUUCAAUAAUCUGCAUAGAAAAUCAACAAGAAUUCAGUAAAUCAAAAUGAAAUCAAUACACAAAACAUUAAAAACAAAAACAAACAAACAAACAACCAAAGAAACUAAACUAAACAUUUUUGAAGCGUUUUGUAAUUCUAAAAUUAAAAAAACCGAAUAAAAAGAAACAAGUUUAAUAUAUAUGUAAAUUAAACGUGUAAACAAUAUAAAUGGAAAAAGAAGCAGCAGCUGCAACGCUCUCAUCUAAAUACGUUAGAUAGACCAAGGAAGUCAAUAAUAUAAUAUAUAUAUAUGUAUAUAUACACAUACUUAUAAUGCGCAGAUCGAGAUUCUGAUAAAAAAAAAAUAAAAAAAAAG